AAAAAACCAAUCAACCUUCGUCCUCGGCCAUUCGAUCUCACAUAUUCGAACCCACUUCUCGAAGACUGAAGACCCUGCACCAAGUCUGGCUUGAUUACCUAACUGGUGUUAUCCGCCGCACUAUUUCAUCUGCUUGCUCCUUUUCCUCGAGUUCUCCCCUGAGCUCUCCUCCCACCAGCAACAAACAAGAUGGCCCAUAAGAAUAAUACUCUCGGCAAUCGAUCUGACUCCGACAAGCCAAGGCCGGCUACCCCUAGCCAUCACCCCUCUGGUUCUUACACACCAGCUGAAAAAUUGACCAGGGCAGACGAUCUGAUGAGCGAUGUCCUGGAAUGCUUCCUUUGGCCAUCCCCAAAUAAUUCAUCGCAUCCACCCAAAAGAACUAUCAAAUUCACGCCUGGUUAUCGAAGGCCAAGAGCAUUGAACAUCAACGACUUCAAACAAAUCAUUCAUUCCGUUCAAACAGGAGAAUUGAGAAAUUUAACCGAAGCAACCACGCUCAUUCGACAAUUGCCUGCCGUGAUUCAUUACCUCAAUAAUUCCGAACCGCCAAGGCUAGGAAAACACAUCGGGUUAUAUCUCCAAUUGUUCCUGCCCAAGUGUGGUAUCAGGUUCUGCGAGACUGAUCGCUAUGAUCAGCGUCGACAACCACCCACGGUUGAGCAAGCACCACCUGAAAGCCAACUUUCUUCGAGUCACUGCUCAACUCCAGCCACUCAGUCCUCCUCCAACUCCACAAGACAACGAUCCAGGAUUCGAGCCAACGAAUUGAGAGAUCUCAUAGGCUCCUCCCAAAUCUCAACAGAAGCAGCGCCCAGGGUUUCCCGACGGGGCUCCACUCGCUCCCGCGAGCCCCACGCCCGGUCGAACAACCUAACUCAUCUUGCCGUAUUUGCUGCCCGGGAUUAUGCGCCCAACGAUAUCGUUGCAGGCUGCGAGGGCUCAUAUGCUGAUCUCACCGAAGAGGAAGACCUGAAGCUACGCUCGAACGCCCACCUGCCGGCACAGGCCGAUCGAUCGACUGGUGCAGCUCCCCGGGAGUCCACCGACUUCUCACACAUCGUCAACUCUCGGGGCAAGUUCCAGGUGUUCUGUGGACCGGCCCGAUUCGUCAAUCAUGACUGUGACAAUAACGCCGUGCUACUCAGGGAAGGCUUCACUAUCAAGUUCAAAGUCACCAAACCGAUCAAGGCUGGCCAGGAGAUCCUGACCAGCUAUGGGAUGAAUUACUUUGGCGAAAAGAAUUGCGAAUGUAUGUGCGCGACCUGCGAACGGAACGGGAAAGGAUUUUACUCUCAACAUGAGGCCGACUCGGAUUCCGACGGCAACAAACAAUUGACGACCGAACAACAAGACAGCUCGAUCAAGAAUGAGUUUGAGGAGUCUAACCAGUCCAUGCCCAGUUUGGGCACAGACACCGACCUCAGCUCGUUGGGAGAUUCUAGUGAAGGCACGACGAGUCGAGCAAGUAAUACGCCUGCGCUGGAACACUCCCCCCCAGCCUCCUACUCCACAACGCCCUCCCAUGUCCGGCGACAACUCGCUCAGUCUCAAAGCGCCUUGACUGAUCCUCGCCCAAACUCUCGCUCGUCUUCUACCAGACGCCAGAGACCCUCUCAACCGGACCACCAAGACCAGCUCAAAUCUAGCGCUGCUGCCUUCGUCAGUCCUGUCAAGUUUCGGCCCACCCAAGAUCUCACCCUCUCCAUCUUGAGACCACUCGAACCCGAACGAGUCGAGCCACAACAGAACUUAAUAACCAAGCUAGAGCCUCCACCCGUCUCCGAACCGGUUAGACAGCCGCCGGGGCCCAAGGCGGAUGGUCAAGUGCUACCGGUGAAACGGAAGACGUACUGGAUCACGACCAAGCAGAAGCAAUUAGGACUAGUCCCAUGGGAAGCUGACACACUCACACCAACUUCAUCGACCUCCCAGCCGUACUCUCCCAUGACGCCUUCUUUGCUGGGCCCGAGCAGACGGGAUUCGAUGGACCGAUCCGUCUCGGGACAGAAGCGGAAAGCGCCGACCGAGUCUUGCUCGGCGCGGCUCCCGAAGCGCAGCUACUGGGUCUCAACCAAGGAGAAGGAGCUUGGAAUCGUGCCCUGGGAGGCCGGUGCGGCCGCCGAAAGCCCCGAGCGCUCGGCUGCUCAUCCUCGUUCCUGCCGCUCAACUCGGGCCUCACGCAGGGCUAGCGAAGGCAUGGAUGCCGUCAUCGGUUUUCCGACCGCGCCGCGUGGGUCCAAACUCAGCUACAAGGUCUUUCAGGAAGGCACGCAGGAGGCCGAGAUGCUCAACACGGCCAUCGGCAGGGAGCUGCUCGGGUUCAGACCAAGGGCUGCCAAGAAGAAGACAGUCGCUACAGAAGAGGAAAAAGGAGAACAAGAAAACGCCGUGGCUUCGAGUGACAAUCGCCAGCUUGACUCCGCCGACACUCCACUCGAUUUGAACGGCGACGCUUCGAUCGGCCCGUACGACGAGAUCGCAUCCUUCCUGCUCAGGUAUCCAGGAGAACAACAGCCGACGGGGGCACAAAGCGGGGGCGAGAGCGGCAAAGAAGACGCCAUACAACAGGAGGAGAAGACGGCAGAGAGAGUGGAAGAGAAGGAAGAUGGGGGACCAUUAUUGGUGGCUCAGGUGACCUCUACGACGGGCUCCCCAUCCACCUGCACAUCCUCCAUCUCGCCCAAGCUCCACUCCCGCCCGCGACGCGCGGUGGUCAAGGAGCGUCAGCCCAAGCCUGCCAGUCGACCCAGGAGAAAGCCCCACUCAUUCCCGGCCGCUCUCGACACGCCCUCCGAGCAUUCUGGCUCCCUCUCCCCCGUCCCUACCCCUCGCCUGAUCCCCAGCCAUCGUUCUAAUGACAACAUCCCCCGCGAAAUUCAGCCAAAGGACGACCCCGCUUCCUCCGCCAAAUCUCCUUCUACCAACGGACAUAGACUAUUGGUCUCGAGCAUCGGCUGAUCUUGUCUUUCUCUCAUCUCCUCCUGACUUGUUUCCCCUUCUUUCUCAUUCCUCUCCGCGCUGUCUUUCCUUUCCUUCAUUUUUUUGCUUUUUUUUGGGGGGGGGCAUAUCAAAGGUCAAUCUUGUUGUUAGACUUUAUGUUUUUGAUGUUACCUAUAUGUGUUUUUUUUUGUAUUUGACUUGUUUAUGAGUUAAUUAUAUAUAUAUAAGUAUCUUGAACGCAUUCUUUCAAGACAAC